AUGGACAAAAAGAUCAAAACUGCCCAGCAUCAAAAAUUAAUCGCGUUGGAGAACAUUAAAUCGCUGGAGCGGUUUACACAGGCGUUCAGCAGCGACGAUGCAAGCCAAAUUCCGGAGGCUUUGGAGGGGCUGGAGCAGUACAAGCAGGAGUUUUUCACCGCAGUGGCGAAACUGGAGGAAUGCGACGACAGCAGUGAGGCGAUACAAUCCUGUAUCAACGACAGGAUCGAUAUGGAAGAACGGUGCCGACGGCUGAAAUCAUUUCUCAGAGAGAACCAACGGAAGGACGCCAACCCGCUAAACGAAUCCACUCUUUUGGCAAAUUCAACGCUUGCGUUUGGACGGCCAAACGCACCCAAUCUUCGGUUGCCAAAAAUCGAACUGCCGACGUUCGAUGGGGAUUCAACAAAGUGGUUGUCAUUCCGCGAUCGUUUUGUCGCUAUGAUCGACGCUUCACCCGACUUACCACACAUUGCAAAAUUACAAUAUCUGCUUUCUUCGUUGAAGGGCGACGCAGCGGUGCCCUUUGAACAUGUGGCUUUGACUACCGAGAACUACGCUGUGACGUGGGCGUCACUUCUUAAGCGUUACGACAAUACACGGAUGCUGAUUCGCGAUUAUUGGCGGAAGCUUCAUUUCCUUCCGGGAAUAGAAGCAGAAAGUGUCGACGGUUUGACAUCGUUGGUGGAUGAAUUCACGCGGCAUGUGAAUGGAUUGGUAAAACUACAAGAACCAGUCGAUUCGUGGGACACACCUCUGUCCAACAUGCUGCUAAUGAAGUUGGACAACGAAACCAUCUUAGCAUGGGAAAAACACUCCGUGCAGUUUAAAAGGGAUAAGUACAGUGAGCUGAUUGAAUUCCUGCAGGAUCGUGUUCAAAUAUUGAAAUCGAGUAAGAGCUUUGCAUGCGCAAAGAUUGCACCGACCAAGGUGGCCGGCGCACAUCGUCUUCCUGCAUCACGGAAGUCGAUCACGAGCGCAGCUGCAAUGCAGAAGAACGCAUCCAUGUCUACUUCACCACAACUACAGAGAUGUCCGUUGCAGUGUCCGGAACCUCAUCUACUACGCAAUUGUCCGGAAUUCAUCAACAAGGAGAUACAACAACGACGUGACAUCGUCAAAACAAACGGGUCUAUGUUGGAACUGCCUCAGCAGCUCACACCAAGUGAAAUCUUGUAG